CUGGGACCCCGCGCGCCCGCCGUCCCGGUACUACCCCGAGAACCCCGCGCGCCCCUGGACCGCGACGCAGCUCUGGGACCUCCGCGCGCCCCGGCAACCCGGCGCGCUCUCACAACCCCGGGGCUCGGCCAACCCGGCUGCGCGUCCCGGCGCAAGGGCCCCGCCCCAGAGGAUCCCCCUCUUGCAACAGACGGAGCCCCGCCCCAGAGGGACCCCCAGGUCCGGCAGGGACAUCCAGCCACGCCCCAGAGGGCUCCCGGCAUCCCGUGUCUGGAGCCCCGCGCUCCAGAGGAACCUCCGUGCCCAGACGGGGGCUGCCCGCCCAGCUGAGGGGCGCCGCCCAGAAGGGUCCCCCGCGCCCCGCGGGCCCCGGCAGGAUGCACGCCGCCCUGGCGGGGCCGUUGCUCGCCGCCCUCCUCGCCACCGCCCGCGCCCGCCCGCAGCCCCCGGACGCAGGACAGUGCCGGCCGCCCGGAUCGCAGAGGGACCUGAACUCCUUCCUGUGGACUAUUCGGCGUGACCCCCCGGCCUACCUGUUUGGCACCAUCCACGUCCCCUACACCCGCGUCUGGGACUUCAUCCCGGACAACUCCAAGGCGGCCUUCCAGGCCAGCGCCCGCGUCUACUUUGAGCUGGACCUGACAGACCCCUACACCAUCUCGGCUCUGGCCAGCUGCCAGCUGCUGCCGCACGGGGAGAACCUGCAGGACGUGCUGCCCCGUGAGCUCUACUGGCGCCUGAAGCGCCACCUGGACUACGUGAAGCUGAUGAUGCCGUCGUGGAUGACGCCCGCACAGCGGGGCAAGGGGCUCUACGCCGACUAUCUAUUCAACGCCAUCGCGGGCAACUGGGAGCGCAAGAGGCCGGUGUGGGUGAUGCUCAUGGUGAACUCGCUCACGGAGACCGACGUGCGCUCCCGGGGCGUGCCUGUGCUUGACCUCUACCUGGCCCAGCGGGCCGAGAAGAUGAAGAAGAGCACCGGGGCCGUGGAGCGCGUGGAGGAGCAGUGUCAUCCGCUCAAUGGGCUCAACUUCUCCCAGCUGUCAAGUGGGGAUUACAACAGUACCAAUCUCACGGUGUCAUUGUGAGGCUAAAAGAUGAGAAAAUAAACAGAAGCUCUUAGCAGAGCUCUUGGGGCUCACUAAGCCCACGAUGAACAUGAGCGGAAAGGAGUGUCUCUCAACACCCUCCCCGUCGUGGGCUCACAUGGAAACGUGCGCACGUAUAUAUUCAGACACACAAAGACACAAAUGGACCAGGUGACGCGUGGGAACACAGAGAGACCGCAGAUGCAUCCCCUGGGGCUCCCAAAUAAACCUGCCUGGACCUGACCCGUGCUCACACACGCUCAGUCCUCCCACCGCCACCAGCCCAGCCCAAGCUGAUGGCAGCACGUGGCCACGCCAUGCAGAGCUGAGGCCAACCAAAGGCCUUCUUAGCUGAAGAGCCACAUGCUGCGGGUGUGGUUUCUAGCUGCCAAAACACUGACUCUUCCGUGGCUCCCCAGGACCUUCAGGCCAAGAUCCAGUCUCCCCUGCAGAGACCGAAAUUCACGGGCAUCCACGCUCUGCCUCUGCCUCUCUCCCUGCAUCACACCCCCGCACUGCUCCAAGGGAGCUCCCGAUAAACGGUGCCGCUUUAAACAGCUGAGCAACAAAAGGAAAUGAUGGAAGACGGGGGCCAAAUAGAAUCUUGAUGCUGGGAAAGUUCAGGUUGAAGCUCACAGCUUAUUGUGAGAGGCAAAGAGGCCUCCUCACUGGGUCCCAGAAUGGGGUAGAAUGGGUCCCAUACAGUUCCAGACAGUGCUGGAGGGGGACAGGUGCCCCACGUGCAGGGUAUGGAGAGCAGAGGACCUGUGCACAGGCUAUUUCCCCGUAACCCCUCUUCCCUGUGCACCGCCCCUGCUCCGUCCUUCCCUGGCCCCAGUUCUGACCUUGCAUCAGUGUCCUAGGCUGUGUAACAAUACACCACAACUUAGCGACGGAACCCAACACCGAUUCCCUCACAGUGUCUGUGUGAGUACAAGCGUACCUUGGAGAUAUUUCAGGUUUGAUUCCAG